AUGCGUCAGCCGGCCGCCGGGCGGUACGGCGAGUCGGAGGAUGCGGAUGCCCGCGCAGUCCUAUACCGCCAACACCAAAACGCAAUGUACCAGCAACGAUGCGUUUCAUACAACCGUCCAGCGCAGCAAUUGAAAGAUGAGACGGGCCAAAAUUGGAACCAGGUGCCGGAGGUUGAGCGCGCUCAUGGGAUCCCAGACGGACGUGAAAUGGCGCAGGGCGUGCAAGCUGCGAGGGCAACAGAUCCGCAGGUCAACCCUGAGGACAAGUACCAGGUCGAGCGGAUGAUUGGCAACGGGUCUUUCGGCGUGGUGCACGAGGCCGUGCAGAAGGAAACGGGCAAGCGAGUGGCCAUCAAGAAGGUGCUGCAGGACCCGCGCUACAAGAACAGAGAACUCGGAAUCAUGCUAGAGCUCUCACACCCCAAUAUCGUCUUCCUCUUCGACUACUUCUACACGGAGUCGGUCAGGGAGCAGGAAAGACAGCGCUACCUCAACCUGGUCAUGGAAUUCGUGCCCGGCACCGUGCACAGGGUCAUGCGCUCAUACUUCAAAAAGUACAGCCAGAUGCCGCUCAAACUCAUCAAGAUCUACGCUUUCCAGCUGUGCAGGGCGCUGGGCUACCUGCACUCCAUGGGGGUGUGCCACCGCGACCUCAAGCCACACAACCUCCUGGUGGACCUACAGACCAAUGUGCUCAAACUCUGCGAUUUCGGCUCCGCAAAGAAGCUGAUGCCCGGGGAGUGGAGCGUGGCAUACAUCUGCUCCAGGUUUUACAGGGCGCCGGAGCUCAUGUUGGGCGCGAACGAGUACACCACCGCCAUUGACAUCUGGUCAAUCGGAUGCGUAAUCGGCGAGCUCCUUAUGGGAAAGCCAAUGUUCGCUGGCGACACUUCGGUGGACCAGCUGGUCAAGAUCAUCCAAGUGCUGGGGACGCCUACCAUCGAACAGAUGCACGCGAUGAACCCCAAUUACACGAAUGUCACGUUCCCGAACAUACGGGCAGCAGAUCUAUCGCGGGUAUUCCCAAGGAACACGCCGGCAGUGGCUAUCGAGUUUGUCACGCUCUUCCUGCGCUACGACCCCAAGGAGCGCAUCCAGCCACUCGAGGCGCUCGGCCACAAGUUUUUCGACGAAAUCCUGUACGAUCCCAGUCCGGAAAUUCACGUGCCGGAAAACCUGCUCGACUUUACAAAGCAAGAGCUAGAGCUCAUGUCCGACAGCUGCAAACAGAAACUCGGCAUCGUGCAGUAA